AUGCCUCCGCUGCGGAUGGCAGUCCUGCAGUGUGACCACACACUACAAACAAAAUCUGGAGAUUGCGGAGAAAUCGUAGAGCAAUGGAUUAGCCGAGCUGGUCAUGCUAUUCAAUACCCAGUCCAAGUAUCCCGUUGGAACGUCGAAGCAUUUCAAUACCCCGAGCUCGACCAGAUUGAUGUCGCCGUCAUUUCUGGAUCCCCAACCUCUGUGGGAGACCGGCAGGAGUGGAUCCAGCGAUUGGUGGAGUUUACGGCAAAAGCUGCAUCCGACCAGCAGGUAUUUUUAGUGGGUAUCUGCUUUGGACACCAAAUAAUUGCCAAGGCUCUAGGUGGUGAAGUUGGGCAAAGAGAUGGAGGCUAUGUCGUUGGGGUAGUGCCGACAUAUUUAACAGAGUUGGGAAAGCAGCUUUUUGGCCGGUCAGAGCUGAACUUCCACCAACUGCAUCAUGAGGCUGUUCUCCGUCUCCCUGAUGGUGUUCAAGCCAUCGGAACCGGUGUGAGCGGUGACAACCAUGGCUUUUAUUUACCUGGUCGACUUAUCACCAUUCAGGGGCACCCAGAGAUUGAUGCAGAAUCCAUGGAUUGUGCUCUGGAGCUCUGUAGAGAGUCGUUGGGCAAGAUUGUUUCUCAGGAGGAUGCGGGACGGGUACAGCACGAUCAUGAUGGAGACUACUUGGGGGUAGCACUGUUAGAAAUCCUGGUUGGUAUUAGAAAACACAAUUAG